AUUGAAGAUCUGGAUCCCGAGGUUUAUGGAUCAGCGAUUUCAUAUGCGGCUGUGGCUCGUAGACUUGCUUCAGACCUUACCUUCUCCUCAGGUAUCGGCACUGGGAUUGAUGUUUCCUCUCGUCUCUCACAGCAAGAUCUAUCUCGUAUUGCCCGAAUUAAGCUUGGGACGCAUCAAUCUACUCCGCUCAACCCCCAUCAUCUCCACUCUUUACUGCCCUACUUUUGUUCUGUCUGCCGUCUCCGUUAUCAAAUUUCUGGCAUACUGCCUUCAAAACCUCGCGGACCUCUACUAGUCGUAUCUCGAAGGCGAGCAAAGUCGCAGCCUACAGUUGAAGAUGGACGGCAGAUAUCUGGAGAACUCUCUGGUAAAAGGCUUGCUUCCGACUAUUACUUAGGUCUUUUUGCAUUCUCCUCUUGCUGCUCCUCAUCGUCCCCCUCUCAGGCGUUAGGUUCUGCUACUUCGCGCUCAUGUUCUCUUGAAUCCCUUCUUCCCUGUGAGACUUCUUCCUCAACUUCAUCCUCAUACUCAUGUUCAUCUUCGUCUUCAUACACUUCCGCAUCCUCAAACUGUACGUCACCUCUCUCCGUUACGGAUAGCAUGGACGACGAGACCUGGGAACCACGUGAAAGUAAAGGAGCCGUCGCCUUCAAAAUUCCUGGGAAAGGGCCAUCAAAUGUGCGAAAUCUGACCAACCGGAAUUCUUCAAGUCGACUGCUUAAUUAUCCCUUCCCUAGGCUUUGGGAAAACGAUGAUGAUUCCAUAAAUUUUUCCGAGUACGCUCUCAUUCAUUUUUGA